AUGUUUUGGGAGCAGUAUAUUGGAGGUCUAGAAGGACAACGCACCCGUCCAGCCAAACCCCACAUCCCUGUCUCCAGGAUAGAUUUCUGGGAGAAUAACACGGCGAAAAAGACACUCAGAGCGUUCGGCUUGGCUUGGGUAGAUGGAACCGAGGAAGGACCCUUUGGAACAUGGAAUCAGCUGACCAAACGAUCGUUUGAUAUCACAUAUGGUGAGCGUCUCACCUCGUUGACCCUUUUUGCAUCCUGGGAGGAGGGGUUACGCAUCUUUUGUGGAUGCAAAGGAACCACGAGCACCGGCCGGUCAUUCGAUUUUGGCCACACGUCGGGCAAUGCUGAUGCACAUCCUAUCGAUGUCCAUGGCGGGUUCUGUGUGGGCAUUGGGGGUAAUAGAGAUGGGGCCUGGCUAAACAGCUUGGCCUUUUGCAUGAUCGAUGACCUUGACCGAGCGGCGAUCGACAUGAAUUACCUUGCUCUUCCCGAAGGCGAUAUCAACGUGAUCUCUAUCGAUAAUACCACGGACCACAAUAGAGGAGCAACGCCGUUAUCAGCUUACUUGUCGAAAGAUGUUAGCGUGACCAACGAGACUUCUACAAGCAAGACAUGGGCUGAAGAGCUUGGUAUUUCUGUUAGCGUGUCAGGCAAGGUGUUUGGCAUUGGGGCCUCUAGUGACGCUAGUUACACAGAAUCUGAGGAAACCAGCAAGUCAACAUCUUACUCGGAGACUACCUCUACCACGUUUAGCAGAACAUUCGACGUUCCCCCAGGUAAAACGUACUAUGCAUCUGCUGUUUACUAUAGAGGAACCUUUGAAAUAGAAUUCCGUCCAAAAUAUGUGUUGUACACCAAAACAGGUUUUGUGGCCCGCUUUCCAGAAGGCCCCGCGCAGCGGAUCUCUGGGGUCGCUGCAGGAAACUUUAUCAUGAAUGUGGACGAUAUAACCGAUUCUCCUCACGGUGUUCCAGUUGCUCCUCCCCCCCCUGGGGAAGAUAUUGGUGUGCCGCCUCCGGAUGACAAACAAGGCGAAUUUACUAUCAGAGAUUUAGUUUAG